GGCGCGGCGCGGCGGAAGAUGGCGGGGAGCGGGUCCGGGCUCUGCUGCUGCUGCUGCGGCGAGCGGGAGAGCCGCACGCCCGAGGAGCUGACAAUCCUAGGAGAAACUCAGGAGGAAGAGGAUGAGAUCCUUCCACGCAAAGACUAUGAGAGCUUGGAUUAUGAUCGCUGUAUCAAUGACCCAUACUUGGAAGUUUUGGAGCGUGUGGACAACAAGAAAGCCCAGAGAUAUGAAGCAGUCAAGUGGGUGAUGGUUUUCGCUAUUGGAGUCUGCACAGGACUGGUGGGCCUCUUUGUGGAUUUCUUCGUACGGCUGUUCACUCAGCUCAAGUUCCGGGUAGUACAAAGCUCAGUGGAAGAGUGCACUGAGAGAGGUUGUCUCGCGUUGUCCUUGCUGGAGCUGUUAGGCUUCAACCUGACCUUUGUUUUUCUUGCCAGUCUUCUGGUCCUGAUCCAGCCUGUAGCAGCUGGAUCAGGAAUUCCUGAGAUUAAAUGCUACCUCAAUGGGGUGAAGGUUCCAGGGGUUGUGCGCCUCCGGACAGUGGUGUGCAAAGCUAUGGGAGUGCUCUUCAGUGUGGCAGGAGGUCUCUUUGUCGGGAAGGAGGGUCCAAUGAUUCACAGUGGCGCUGUCGUGGGUGCAGGUUUGCCACAGUUCCAGAGCAUCUCUUUGAGGAAGAUCCAGUUUAACUUUCCCUAUUUCCGCAGUGACAGGGACAAAAGAGAUUUUGUAUCUGCUGGAGCUGCUGCAGGGGUUGCGGCUGCCUUUGGCGCCCCAAUUGGGGGCACUCUUUUCAGCUUGGAAGAAGGUUCCUCUUUCUGGAACCAGGGACUUACAUGGAAAGUGCUUUUCUGUUCCAUGGCUGCCACCUUCACUUUGAAUUUUUUCCGCUCCGGGAUUCAGUUUGGAAGUUGGGGAUCUUUCCAGCUCCCUGGACUGCUGAACUUUGGGGAAUUUAAGUGCUCUGAGUCUGAUAAGAAAUGCCAUCUCUGGACAGCUGUGGACUUGGGCUUCUUCAUUCUGAUGGGAAUUGUAGGAGGCCUUCUCGGAGCCACCUUCAACUGUCUGAACAAGAGACUGGCAAAGUACCGCAUGCGGAACGUGCAUCCCAAGCCAAAGCUGGUCAGGGUCUUGGAGAGCCUGCUGGUGUCCUUGACUACCACGGUUGUGGUCUUUGUAGCCUCCAUGGUUCUGGGGGAAUGUCGGCAGAUGUCUUCCACCAGUCAUAGAGGAAAUAACACUCUGGACCUGCAGGGUAUGUCAGAGGAUGUGAAUUCGAGCAUCAAAACUUUUUUCUGUCCAAAUGAAACCUACAAUGACAUGGCCACACUCUUCUUCAACCCUCAGGAGUCAGCCAUCUUGCAGCUCUUCCACCAAGAUGGUACUUUCAGCCCAGUCACACUGUCCUUGUUCUUCCUUCUCUAUUUCUUACUGUCCUGCUGGACAUAUGGGAUCUCUGUGCCCAGUGGGCUUUUUGUGCCAUCACUGCUUUGUGGGGCUGCCUUCGGACGCCUGGUCGCCAACCUCCUCAAAAGCUACAUUGGCCUGGAUCACAUCUACUCGGGAACCUUUGCGCUGAUUGGGGCAGCGGCGUUCCUGGGAGGAGUGGUCCGCAUGACAAUUAGCCUGACUGUCAUCCUUAUCGAAUCCACCAACGAGAUCAGCUAUGGGCUCCCGAUAAUGAUCACCCUCAUGGUAGCCAAAUGGACAGGAGACUUUUUCAACAAAGGCAUCUAUGACAUCCAUGUGAACUUACGAGGAGUGCCUCUCCUGGAGUGGGAAACAGAGGUGGAAAUGGAUAAACUAAGAGCCAGUGACAUCAUGGAGCCCAACCUGACCUAUGUCUACCCACACACCAGGAUCCAGUCCCUCGUCAGCAUCCUGCGCACAACGGUCCACCAUGCCUUCCCCGUGGUGACUGAGAACCGGGGCAAUGAGAGGGAGUUCAUGAAGGGAAAUCAACUGAUCAGCAACAACAUCAAAUUCAAGAAGUCCAGCAUCCUCACCCGAGCCGGGGAGCAGCGCAAGCGCAGUCAGUCCAUGAAGUCCUACCCUUCAAGUGAGCUGCGGAACAUGUGCGAUGAGCACAUAGCGACUGAGGAGCCACCAGAAAAGGAAGAUCUGCUGCAACAGAUGCUAGAGAGAAGGUACACUCCCUACCCCAACCUGUACCCUGAUCAGUCUCCCAGUGAAGAGUGGACCAUGGAGGAACGCUUCAGACCUUUGACCUUCCAUGGCUUGAUCUUGCGCUCACAGUUGGUCACCCUCCUUGUCAGGGGUGUUUGUUACUCUGAGAACCAGUCGAGUGCAAGUCAGCCUCGCCUGUCCCACGCAGAGAUGUCCGAGGAUUACCCUCGCUACCCAGAUAUCCACGACCUGGACCUCACCCUGCUGAACCCUCGCAUGAUAGUGGAUGUCACCCCAUAUAUGAAUCCAUCACCCUUCACUGUCUCUCCAAAUACUCACGUGUCUCAAGUCUUCAACCUGUUCAGGACAAUGGGACUCAGACACUUACCGGUUGUGAAUGCUGUGGGAGAGAUUGUUGGGAUAAUCACUCGUCACAACCUGACUCAUGAGUUUCUGCAGGCAAGACUGAGACAGCACUAUCGGACCAUUUGAUGCCCUUCCCCACUCUGCUCCAGGCCUGCACACGCCCUCGCAUUCCGCUUGGACCCCGCAAGGCCCAAGAAUUGCCCUUUGGCUUCUCACAUGCAUAUCAAGUCUGAGAUGCUGGAGACCAUCUUGCCAGCCAGAGAACUAGAGGAGCUGCCUGAGCCCAAGGGCUGUUGAUUGGUCUCAGGCACUUGGUUUGACCACUCUUGAUCCAGGUUUUUUCCUUUCCCUGCGCUCCAGUUAUCUCCUUCCACCAGAUGUUGUCCUGACGCCGUAUGUUCUGCUCGUUGGUUUAGAUUUGGGCUUUUGAACAGUCAGAAAAUGAACCAUCUGGUUCCACUGUGUCAUGUGCACAGAACUGUGCAGCAUCUUUUCCCUACCCUCCUGUAUGUUUCCCUUUUCCUCUUCCUCCCUUGUUCCUUGUUGCCUUAUUUGUGUGAGAAGGAGGUUGCUGUCAAGGCUGAGAGGGGACAGUGAGUUUGCAGUUAUGCAGAGCUGCUCUGGAAGAUGGCUUUUCUGAAGAGCAAUAUUAAGAAAGCCAGUUGUUUGGAAACACACCUCUCUUCACAGGUGCUCCCACUUGCCCAUGUUUUUCCACUUUGGCUUCAUUUGCUCCUAAUUUCUUUCCUCCUUUCAUGGGGAGGUGUUCCUGCUGUGGUGGUUUUGACAGCAGCUGACUCCUGAGACCAGCCCAGCAGCUCAGGAGUUCACAACAGUUCAAAUGCAGUUACUGUUUAGGAUUAUAAAUAUUUAAUACAUUUGCAGAGCAUCACAGAAAAGGGAGAUCUCAUUUCUUGUUAGCUGUUGCUCUUAUCUGCCUGUGAGAGACUCUGCUAAGGCACUUUGUGGUACUCCACUCUGUCGCUCCCAUGACACUUCGGCGUUACUUGGCAUUUGUAGGCACUGUCCUUGUACUGAUCCAACAGUGAGAGCCUGGGACACCUUUCCAGCUGGAGUUAGAGAGCAGGGAGCCUCACGUCCUCAGAGCAUGGUGAAGUGUUGCUUUCUGGAGGCAAACAAAACCACUGCCCUGUCUGUGGACUUGGUUGAACAAUCUCUGUGUCAUGAGAGGAGCUGAUGUAGCUUCAGGCUGCUAUACAGGAGGGAUACUUGGUGCUGAUGGCUAACAGACAGGAUCUGCUGCAGAGUGAUGAGUGGGGCUGUCUGUGCUCUAAAAAUACUUGGGAUAAUGUUUGCAACUGCCAGAUCCCGAGUAUCUGUAAGGGUAAAAUCAGCGUUUAGGAGCCAGUUGCAGCCAGUUCACUGCUUUAGCAGGUACCAUCCUGGCCAGCACCUGUAUUGUUCCAGCAGGCACCUGCCCUCUUGAGUUUUGCAUACAGAUAACCCUCUGUGGGAAGCCAGCAUUGUGCCUCCAGGGCCUGCAGAGCUGAUUGGCUUGAUAAAGCACAGAGCAUUCUCCCAGCCAAGAAACUGGGCCAAGUAACACGGGAAAUGUAUCCCAGACAAGCUUCUACACAGCCUGGGAGCACUCCAGUUAACCUGUUGUCUGCCAUAAGGAGACAGCUAGGCGAGAGCUGUGGCAGAAGGUAACCAGACGUUGUGUUGUCUGAAUUGAGGCUGAACCUUCAUCUAGGCUGAAGAUUUUCCUGACUAAGCCUGAAGGAGUGGUGCCCUUUCCAUAUACAUGUCAGAACACUAAACCUGUUAAAACAGUCCUUUUGAGUGACUUUUUGGAAGCUGGUUGUUCUAGGGUGUGACUCUGCAAACUCCUGCCUGCUGAUCCCUGCUACAAUGGGGAUUAGGAGGUGGUUUUGUGCCUGGGUCACCAGCCACCGUCUUGACGUUGAGCUCUUUAAGUCACUGGAACUCUUAGAUGUUGGUGGAGUCUUUGCAGUCUGGAUAGUUUGUAGGCAGAUGCACUCUCUGGCUGUGCUUGCAGUGAAGACAGCUGAGUCAUGGAAGGCUCUUGAAUUUUGUCCAGCAAAAGAGAGAAAACUUGAACUUAAAGUGGUUCCUGAGGCCAGGUUUUAGGGUAGACUUUGUUCUUGUGAUGCACUGCAUGGCACGGCUCAGCUGGAAAGUUUGGUUGUGGCAAAGCUGUUUGUAAGCACUUAGAUUUUCAUUUUUGUUAUUCUUCAUUGGCAUCUGGUGACUCUUUCUUCACUUAGUGUUCUUUCCCAUCUGCUGUCGUCUUAAAGAGAGGAAAGGCAGAUAUUUGUUUGCACUUGUACCAUUUCCACAAGGAGGGAGUGGGCUGUGGUACAUGUAGUGGCAGCUGUUGGAGAGGAAGCUGGGUGUGUCCCAGGACCCUUUGUUAACUCUGAGCCCUCUCCAGGACUGCUUAGGAGGUGACCUAGCUAAAGAGCAGUAUUUGUGUUCCUUCUUUUCCCUUUCUUGCUUUAGAACGUGCAGAAACAGCUCUUGUCUUCUCCACCCAAACACUUCUGCUGGUUUCUGACUGGCUAGCUCCAAGUUGAGACAUACAAGCUCUUAAACCUCCAAGAAUGAAUGAGUAUGUUUUCCUCCAGUCAGUGUCUAUCCUGUGCCUUCAGCCUGGACACUUUAGCUGGGGCAGGUUUGGCAUGUUCCUUGGAGCAUAUGAGUGGGCACUGGCUACUGCUCCUGACUUGCAAGUUCUUUCCUUGUAAGCAGAGUAAGGAUGAUUGUUCUCCCUGGAUAGUCACUGCAGGUAGUCCUGAAAUGCUUGAGGUCUUGCACUGAACUGUCUCACAAAACCUUUUACUACCCUGAAGCUGCACUGUAGGUUUGACAUAUGCUUCUGUCAGCAUGCCUUUCACUCAAAGGAUUUGUCCCCGUGGACAGUUAGCGAUCAUGGGAGUCCUGGUUUGAUGUGAUUUCAGACCACUCUGCUGUGGAAUUAGCAGUCCCAUACUGUCAGAGCACCUAGCAGGAAUGUCCUGUGUCCCUCCAUGACAAAUCUUUUCCUUUUGCUCAUGUUGAAUGACUGCCUGUGGAAGGUCCCUUCUCUUUCUGCACAAGAAUAGGGCUCCUUAGGUUGUUUGCCUUGAGCUGGUCACAUCCUGUUUUAUUUCUGUACAGAAACUGCUGCAGUCUGUUUGCUGCAGGAUGUCUUGUCACUGCUACUGGGGCCUGGAGUUAGGCAUUCCAGACAAGACAGGCUGGAAGGUCUUGUCUGAGCACCAGCUGCACUUCCCCAGGAGAAGGCCGCCUGCCUUCAGCCUACUGUCAGCUCUGCCUGUGCAUCUCUCUUACUCAAGCGUUUCAGAUGGCAAACACACCCCUUUCACUCCUUCACUCAAGAUGACCUAGGUGAGGGUGGUGGGUGACCCUGUCUGCCGCUUCAAAGGGAGCGUGUAACCUGCAGAAAGGGAAGGCCAAGCUCAUCUGACCUUUGGAGACAGGAUUGAUGCAAAGGGGCUUGUGUUGGAUCAUUCUUCUCACACUUAAUUCCUGUCUGAAAACACUACUUGUCGCUUCUACUCUGGCUCUGAUUGCUUAGUGAUUUACCAAGAAACUUAAUCCAAACGUAGGUGCCUGUAACCUUUUACUCAGAGCAACACUAAAGGCAUAGUAAUUAAGAACUGGAGUAGUAUUGGUGGCUGAAGUUCGGGGGUGGUGCGGGGCCUUCUCCCCUGCCUCGUGGUGCCCUGUGCAGUGUUUGUGGUUUGAAUUGUCGACUUACUGUGAGCCAUUCCAAGGGUAGCAACUUACCUUUCCCUGUGUUUGUUUGCACUGUUUUUUGUUAGGAGCUGAUGUAAGCUAAUUCCACACUGUAUAUAAAUGGUAUUUUUUUAAUUUGUAUGGUUAUAUUUUUAUUUGAGCAAUGGCACUUGGGAAGUAUUUCCUGUAACCAUAACAUGUCUGAGAGUAAAAUGGUUGUGUGUCUCCUUCAGCACUUUCAAGGCCUUUGGAUGUUUCUGGUGUUGUUUCAUUUUUGCCCUCUAUUGUAAUAAAACUAUUGGAACAUG